UUUAGUGACAUUAGGGCUAGGUCUGGUCGCUUCGUGUAUCUUCUCUGGCAAAAUAUACGGUGUCCUUGGGAUCACUGAUGAAACAAGGCCGAAUCGAUUGAAUGACAUUGAGAAAUACUGUAAGAGUUGCCUGGUUCCGUUCUACUAAUUAUUCUUGGGAAGCGAUGGCCGCUGACGGAAUAGGGGGUGUGAUACAAGCCUGUUGGCUAGCAAGCCUAACAAAUAAAUGCAAGUUCCAGAAGUACUAUUGGUACGUUGUACCAAUAGAACUACCCAAGUGAUCCGAUCCAAUCUAUGAUCCCUGGGAGACAGGCCUUUUACAAGGACAGGCUGAACCUUGGACUCAGUCUAUCCACUGACGAUAUCUGCCCCUCGUGCCACCGUUAUUCCUUACCGGUCCGAUUCUUCGUGCGCGAUCUGGAAGAAAACAUAAUGAUAUCUUUACGCAUUGGAGAGACACCCCGUCGGCUAAGAGCUUCUCCGAAUUGCAUGCAAUGGUUCAUCGAGGAACAGAAGUUAGAUUGUGCCUUUGGAUCCCCGAAUCAUGGCAUUCCGCUCCAGGUGGAAUGCCCUGACUGUGACGGUAGGAGGACAGCCCGAGGGAGAAAACGAAAGUACGUAGACAUAUGAUACCCAAUACUAUCCUCCCAGGUUGGAG